AUGGAACCAACGAUUGAGCAGAUGAUUGAAGUAGCCGUUAACGUCGUUGUCCGAGUGGCUCUCAACGUGAUUGCCAACGUAGCUGUUGGAUUGCACGUUGCCGAAGAAGUGUCAGAGGUUGUUAUUAUAGUAGUACCGGAAGUUAUUGUUUUAGAGGUCUUUGUUGGGCCAGAAAUUGUUGUGAUGCUAGAGGUUGUUACUAUACUGGUUCUAGAUGUUGCUGGUACCGAAGAAGUGCUGGUGGUAGGAGACAAUGGCGAAGAUGAUAGUAGUGGCUGCGAAGCAUUGCUCGAGCGUCCUGGAGUGGGCGAUUUCGCUAGAGGCUACGAUACGCGUGUUAAUGGAAUGGCAUCACACUUUGUAUGGACCAAUCGUUCCAAGGAAAGCUUUGCACUUGAUUUAAAAAAUCCACGCGACUUGAAGGUUUUAAAGAAAAUCCUGCUCCAGGCGGAUAUCAUGGUACAGAACCUGGCACCAGGCGCAGCAGAAAGAUUAGGACUCUCGCAUGAAGAGCUCCAGAAGACGAACUCAGGUAUUAUUGUAUGCGAUAUCUCUGGUUAUGGAUCACAUGGGCCAUACCGUGACAAGAAAGCCUACGACUUGCUUGUGCAGAGCGAAGCAGGUAUGCUCUCUGUAACAGGCAGUGAAGCUGAGCCAAGCAAAACUGGUAUAUCCAUAGCUGAUAUAGCAGCUGGAAUGUACGCCUACUCGAAUAUCCUGGCAGCAUUACUGGAGCGGGGGAAGACAGGAAAAGGGCGCCGAAUUGACAUUUCGAUGUUAGAGAGUAUGGCUGAAUGGAUGAGCUUUCCCAUGUAUUAUGCUUUCGACGGACAACCGGGCCCAAGCCGAGCAGGGGCAUCCCAUGCGACAAUUUACCCGUAUGGGCCAUUCGAAACAGGCACCGACGGAGCUUCCGUUAUGAUGGGCGUGCAGAACGAACGAGAAUGGGCCAUUCUAUGCCGAGAUGUACUAGGAGAUGCGAGUUUGGCAACAGAUGAGCGCUUUGUGAACAACACGCUUAGAAGUCGUAAUCGAGAAGAGUUGAAGAAGAUUAUUUGCGCUCGCUUCUCUGAGCUCUCUGCAGACGAAGUUAUUGAAAAGUUGGACAAGGCGGGUAUCGCAAAUGCUAGUAUGAAUGACAUGCAAGGUGUAUGGAAGCAUCCUCAGCUUCGAGCAAGGAAGCGUUGGAUAGAUGUAGAAACACCGAGUGGCCUCGUGACUGGGCUACUACCCCCUGGCGUAGACGAUAUUUCGCAGGUCAAUAUUGCAGAGGUUCCAGCUGUAGGACAGCACAAUGAGGCAAUAUUUGCUGAGUUUGGUCUCUCCGAAGAAGAGUAG